GCACUGCGGCACUGACGGCAACACCUGCUGCCCACUGAGCCCGGUCACAACAGCAGCCACAGCGGUACCUUUUGACUUCCACUGGACGUAACGGGUCAGGUGUGUGGGGCUCCGAACUUCUUAUCGACGUAGAGUUCCAACCUACUAUACGCGCUUUCGAUCGCAUCGCGAACAACAUCCUUGGUCUUUGUUUCUUCCCCGAGCCGACCGCCCAACCCCCCAGACAAGAUGUUGUAUGAGACUAUUGGUAUUGUCCGCCCGGGCAACAUCGCCGAGGUGAAGGAACUCGUCCUAACAGCCGGCAAACUCAUCCUCAACCAAGGCGGCGUGAUCCGCGACAUCAAGAACUGGGGCACCUUCCUGCUGCCUCGUCCCAUCUCCACCAACCAGCAGCGCCACACGCGCGGCCACUACUUCGUGAUGCGGUACGACGCCAGCAUCGCGACGCACGAGGAGGUGCGACGCACCAUGAAGGCCGAUCCGCGCGUUAUUCGCACGGCGAACGUUAAGCUCGGUGAUGGCAAGCUGGAGACUUUGUCUAGGUUUGGGGGGAUUCCUUGGAGGAGUUUGGAGGAGGCUUAAGCUUUUCUUUUCGUUUUCGUUUUGAGGGCGGAGUAGCUUGGGUUUGGGCUUGGGAGGGUAGAGAAGGGAAAAGGCCGCGGAACG